AUGGCACUCAAGGAUACUACACUGAAGUCUCUCCCUCCAUCAGCCAGGCCCACUGUGGUCAUGUUUCUCAUUCUUAUACCAGCUGCAUGCAGUGCCAUCAAGCUGAAUUGUUCUCAGCCCAACCAACCAGCCCUGCUGGAGGCUCUGACUCCAGUCUUCAACCUGAGCUCCAUACGACCCGUCAUGAACAUGACCACCUGCACCAACAUCACCAUAGACUUUACCAUGUAUGCGAUACUAGGAGUGCGGUGGAUGAACGAAUUUGUCAGCUGGGACCCAAUCAAGUGCGGCACCAACAUGAUAUCUCUUCCCAGAGAGAAGUUUUGGGUACCAGAUAUUGUAAUCAAUGAAUUUAUGGAUGAAAACACAGCCCCCUUUGUCCCGUAUGUGUAUCUGUAUAGCAAUGGUCUAGUGCAUGAUGCUAAACCAGUCAGAGUUGUCAGCUCCUGUAACCUCGAUAUCUACACCUUCCCCUUCGAUGUACAGAACUGCACUAUGACUUUCGGCUCCUACAUCCACUUAGCAAUGGACAUGAAGAUUUUCCUUGGGAAAACUCCAGAGGACAUCACAGAGUACUCCAAGGAGGUGAUGACCACCAUGGGGGAGUGGGAGCUGCUGGAUAUCACCACCCACAAAUACAACCAUAGCCUUAACGAUAGUGAUUACAUUGAUGAGCUUUCAUUUCAUAUCAGAAUUAGACGCCGGGCCACCCUCUAUGUGGUGAACCUGCUGAUCCCCAGCUGCUUCCUCAUCACAGUGGACCUCUUCAGCUUCCUGCUGCCUCCUCAGACUGUGGACCGGUCCACCUUCAAGAUGACCCUCAUCCUGGGCUACACCGUCUUCCUGCUCAUCAUGAAUGACCUGCUGCCGAUUACCGGAAACACCAUACCUCUCAUAAAUGUGUUCUUGUCUGUCUGCCUGGCUCUGAUGGUGGCAAGUCUACUGGAGACUAUCCUCAUCACCAACCUGCUGUGUGGCUCUGCUGACUUCUCUCCCGUUCCUCGCUGGAUCCAAGUGCUUGUUAUGCAAAUUUUGGGCCGCCUCCUUUGCCUGCCUCAGAAGACUAAAGAACUAAGAGAUUCAGACAUGAAACCCAAUGCCGUGGUGGCACAGCAAAAAGCUGAUGACGGGCUUCGAGAGGAGUGGGGGCCAGCGGUGGAGAACAAGGCCCUGCAAGAGCUGAGGAGCCUGGGAAGAGACCUCCAGGCCGUCCGCCUUCAGGUGGAGCAGCAGCUGGGUGGAAGCCAGAGCUCGGAGGAGUGGAUCCAGGUGGGUUUCAUCAUAGACCGCCUGCUAUUCGGCCUCUACGUCCUCUUCAUAUCAGUCAGCUUCUUUACCAUCAUCAUUAUCUGGUGCUGCCCGCUGAAAGUCAAGCCUUCUAAGGUUCUAUUCAUCUUCAUCUCUGUGCUCAUGCAUGCUCCGUGCAGUUCCAUCAUGCUGAGCUGCUCUCGACCUGACCCGCCUUCCCUGCUGGAGGCACUCGAGCCAGUCUUCAACAUGAGAUCCAUUCGACCUGUCAUGAAUGUGUCAACCCCCACCAACGUCAGCAUUGACUUCACUCUGUUUGGCAUUUUGGGGGUGGAUGAAAAGGCCCAGGUCUUGAAAACAUAUAUCUGGCAAAAAUUAAAAUGGAAAAAUGAGUUUGUCAGGUGGGACCCAGAACAGUGUGGUUCUUCAUGGAUUACAAUUCCAAGGAAUCUGCUCUGGGUACCAGAUAUAGUCAUCAAUGAAUUUAUGGAGAAGAACUCAGCUCCAUUUGUCCCAUACAGCUAUCUGUUUUCUAAUGGCUUCGUGUUUGAUGAACAGCCUGUCAAAGUGAUCAGCUCCUGCAGGCUCGACAUCUACACGUUUCCAUUUGACAUCCAGACCUGCUGUUUAAGCUUCAACUCCUACUUACUCUCUAUGGCUGCUAUGCCAAUUGACCGGUCAUCAACUGCAGAGGAUAUAUUUAGAUUCUCUAAAGAAGUGAUGACAACUAAGGGUGAGUGGGAACUAGUUGGACUCACAACGAAGACAUUCAUACUACCAGCUGGGGACUACGGACUGUACCAAGAGAUUCGCUUCUAUGUGUCAGUGAGGCGCCGGGCCACCCUCUAUGUGGUGAACCUGCUGAUCCCCAGCUGUUUCCUCAUCACAGUGGACCUCUUCAGCUUCCUGCUGCCUCCCCAGACUGUGGACCGGUCCGCCUUCAAGAUGACCCUCAUCCUGGGCUACACCGUCUUCCUGCUCAUCAUGAAUAACCUGCUGCCUAUUACUGGAAACACCAUACCUCUCAUAAAUGUGUUCCUGUGUCUGUGCCUGACUCUGAUGGUGGCAAGUCUACUGGAGACUAUCCUCAUCACAAACCUGCUGUGUGGCUCCACUCACUACUCCCCAGUCCCUCACUGGGUCAGAGUGUUUGUUCUUCACAUCCUCGGCCACCUUGUACGGCUUCCUCCAAAGCCCAGAGAUCUAGACGGCCCAGUCAUCCAAAAUCCUUCCGCACAAGAAAUGAAAGUCUCCUCUCUGGUGGCGGAGGUCAGCGAGGCUCCAGAACAGAAGGGGCCGCUGGAUGAGGAUAAGGCCCUGCAGGAGCUGAGGAGCCUGGGCAGGGAACUCCAGGUCAUCCGCCUACAGGUGGAGCAGCAGCUGAGCAAAAGCCAGAGCUCGGAGGAGUGGAUCCAGGUGGGUUUCAUCAUAGACCGCCUGCUGUUCAGCCUCUACAUCCUCUUCAUAUCAGUCAGCUUCUUUACCAUCAUCAUUAUCUGGCUGCAGUCAUACAACAAAUCCUGA